AUGGAGCAAGAAUCACAGAAGGGGAAGCUUGAUGAGACUGGCAAUGAGGCCUCCAAUGCUCCGAUUACGUGCGUGAAUAAUUGCGGGUUUUUCGGAAGUGAAAAGACUAAUAAUCUUUGCUCCAAGUGCUACAAAGAUUUUCUAUUAAAACAAUCAAAGACAGCAGUAGAUGAUACUGCGGUUGUGGAUAAAAAAGUUAGUGCUGAUGAUCAAGAUUUGGAGAAUAAACGCCAUGUUCAAAAAGUACUGGAGGAAGUAAAACAGAGUCAAGUUGAAGAAGGAACCACUUCUGAGAACCCUGAGAAGCGACCUGCAAAUAGGUGCAACUUUUGUAGGAAGCGGGUUGGCCUUACCGGUUUUAAGUGUAGGUGUGGGCAGACAUUUUGCUCACUGCAUCGUUACUCCAACAAGCACAACUGCGUGUUCGAUUAUAAGAGUGUAGGCCAAGAUGCAAUUGCGAAGGCGAACCCAGUCGUUAAGGCAGAGAAAGUUGAUAAGAUACGUUGA